CGCAGUCGUUUCCCGAUCGUUCUACCGGUAUCAGGUGUUGUUUAUAUAAAUUUAACAUAUAUAAAAAAAAAGUGUUAAUACAAUUGAAAGAUUUCCAUGUUGUAACUUAAUAGUUACCUGGUUCAUAAAUUUGACUUUUUUAUUUUACUUGUGGGACAUAAAUAAUUGAAAGAACUUUAGAACUACGAUGCGUUUUUAGUGUUUAUUAGUGCAUUUACGUACUUAAUGCAAAAAGUAGUUUUAUAAAGUGCAUUGUGUGGAUUCUCAGGGCAUAAGAAUUGUGCGAUUAUUAAAUAUCUGCAUACGAAAGCGUAUACCUGCGUCACCUGCACCUGUAUCAGCAAACGAUGCAUCCGUCAAGACGAGUGAACGAUUCCGUACAUUGGUUCAUGAACGGGUUGGCGUCCAGAGUGGUCGCGGAGUCUGGGAUACCUUCAGAUGUGCACCAUCUUGGAAAAAUCGUGUUGAGGAGCCUUAAGGAUGAUCCAGAUUUCGUUUUACAGAUUGACGGCGCGACCGGGGAAUCUGAGACCAAUGGAUCAGUGCUUGAAAGGACCGUACGCUGUGCCAUCGCGCUCAAGAGCCGGGGUCUCCAGCGCGGCGACGUCAUCACUCUCAUGGCUCCGAACCACAUAGACUUGGCUAUACCGUUCUAUGCUGCGUUGUACCUUGGAGUCAUUGUGUCUCCUAUUGAUAGGACUUCAAGUGUUGAUGAACUCCAACGAACUUUCGAAGUGACCAGACCAAAGGUGGUCUUCUGCCAAAACAACCGGGCCCAAGAUGUGCAGCUAGCUCUAAACGGAAUCGGUUCUGAUGCCUUCAUAAUCACCUUUGAUAAAGGAGACCAGCUCAGCUUUCCUGAAUUCUUGGAGAAGUAUGGGGGUGAAAGCCCUAUCGAUGAGUUCAUACCAACAGAUUUCGACCCAGAAGACACUAUUGCCCUCCUAUUACCCACCAGCGGAACUACAGGACUGCCCAAAAGUGCUGCCGCUACUCAUAAGAAUUUGGCAAUCACAGCUCCAUAUGACUGGAUCCGACACACGAAGUUCCCAAGCCCUACAAGGAUGGUAUUCGUCAUAUCACCCUUACAAUGGCUGACUGCAAUAGCCAUGUUCCUGGCAUCUCCGAUCAUGCGAAUAACAAGGCUACAGUCAUCACAGACAUUAACGCAAAAGCACACGUAUCAGCUUAUUAACAAAUACAAGCCAACCUUCAAGAUAGUCAGCCCGACGUUUCUAACAACCCUUCUAACACCGGAGGGUUAUGAGGAGUGCGACUUCAGCUGUUUCGAGACAAUCAUGAUAGGAGGCAGUGCCGUUACAGCCGAUCUGAUACAGGAGAUUAAGAGAAAAGCACCGCGCGCUGAAGUAUUAAAAGGCUAUGGUAUGAGCGAAGUCACAUCACUGGUGUUUAUAAAUGAAGGUUUAAACCCCGGUUCUGCCACCGUAGGGAAGCCUAUGGGCUGUUUGCAGUACAGGUUAAUAGACGUGGAGAACCAAGAGGACAUCUACCAGCCAUACAAGAACGGGGAACUCUGGGUUAAAGGACCUGGCAUAAUAAAAGAAUACUACAGAAACCCUGAAGCGACAGCAGAAGCGUUUGCCGAAAACGGCUGGUUUAAGACCGGUGACAUGUUCUAUAGGGAUGAUAACUAUAACUUUUUCUAUGUGGAGCGAAUUAAACUGCUGCUGAAGUAUAUGAAUCAUCAAAUCUCCCCAGUAGAACUGGAAAGUACAAUCCGCCGGCACCCAGGGGUUCUAGACGUGGCCGUGAUCGGUAUACCGGACAAGCGAGGGGACUUACCGGUCGCUUGCGUGGUGCGACGACCAAGACACUACGUCAGUGCUGAAGAGAUAGAACAGCUCGUCAAAGAUACUUUGGCAGAAACAAAACAACUGAGGGGAGGAGUGAUAUUCCUGGACGCGAUUCCACAAACAGCAUCCACGAAGAUCCACCGGAGAAAGCUCAAAGAGAUUGCUAUACAAAUGUUAACAAAUUAAACAUUUACCUACCUACAGAA